CUCCGACUCAACAGUAUUAAAAAGUUGUCAACAAUUGCCCUGGCACUUGGAGUAGAAAGGACUCGAACCGAACUGCUGCCCUUCCUUACAGAUACAAUUUAUGAUGAAGAUGAAGUGUUGUUAGCUCUUGCUGAGCAACUGGGAAAUUUCACUGGCCUGGUGGGAGGUCCUGACUUUGCCCACUGUCUGCUGCCUCCUUUGGAAAGUCUGGCGACUGUGGAAGAGACCGUUGUUCGAGACAAGGCUGUGGAAUCCCUGAGGCAGAUCUCCCAGGAGCACACUCCUAUUGCUCUGGAAGCUCAUUUUGUCCCUCUGGUGAAACGCCUGGCGAGUGGGGAUUGGUUUACCUCUCGCACAUCUGCAUGUGGUUUGUUCAGCGUUUGCUAUCCCAGGGCUUCAAAUGAUGUCAAGGCAGAAAUUAGACAGCAUUUCCGUUCCUUGUGCUCAGAUGAUACACCAAUGGUACGACGAGCGGCUGCUUCCAAAUUGGGUGAAUUUGCAAAAGUUUUGGAAUUAGACAGCGUGAAAACUGAAAUUGUCCCUUUGUUCACUACUCUAGCUUCAGAUGAACAGGACUCAGUGCGCCUCCUAGCUGUGGAAGCUUGUGUCAGUAUUGCCCAGUUGUUGUCUCAGGAAGAUCUUGAGGUCUUGGUAAUGCCUACCCUUCGACAAGCAGCUGAAGAUAAAUCUUGGCGAGUUCGCUAUAUGGUAGCUGACAAGUUUUCAGAGCUCCAGAAAGCAGUGGGUCCUAAAAUCACCCUAAAUGACCUCAUCCCCGCAUUUCAGAACCUACUUAAAGAUUGUGAAGCUGAAGUCCGAGCAGCUGCUGCUCACAAAGUAAAAGAACUUUGUGAGAACUUGCCUACUGAAGAUAGAGAGACUGUAAUUAUGAAUCAGAUUUUGCCAUAUAUAAAGGAAUUAGUAUCUGAUACCAACCAACAUGUCAAAACAGCUCUAGCUUCUGUAAUUAUGGGAUUAUCUACCAUUUUGGGCAAAGAGAAUACUAUUGAACAUCUUCUACCUCUUUUUUUAGCUCAGUUAAAGGAUGAGUGUCCUGAAGUUCGUUUGAAUAUCAUCUCCAAUUUGGAUUGUGUUAAUGAAGUCAUUGGAAUCCGUCAACUCUCUCAGUCUCUCCUUCCUGCCAUAGUGGAACUGGCUGAAGACGCCAAGUGGCGGGUGCGGCUGGCUAUUAUUGAGUAUAUGCCACUGCUGGCGGGCCAGCUGGGUAUGGAAUUUUUUGAUGAAAAACUGAAUUCCUUAUGCAUGGCCUGGCUUGUAGACCAUGUGUAUGCCAUCCGAGAAGCUGCCACCAGCAACCUCAUGAAGUUAGUUCAGAAGUUUGGUACAGAGUGGGCUGAAAAUACCAUAGUCCCCAAAGUGCUGGUAAUGGCAAAUGAUCCUAAUUACUUGCAUAGAAUGACCACUUUGUUCUGCAUUAAUGCACUCUCUGAAGCCUGUGGUCAGGAAAUAACCACUAAGCAAAUGCUGCCCAUCGUAUUAAAAAUGGCAGGAGACCAAGUAGCAAAUGUUCGUUUCAAUGUGGCCAAAUCUCUUCAAAAAAUAGGGCCUCUUCUAGACACUGAUGCUUUGCAAGGGGAAGUUAAACCGGUACUGCAGAAGCUAGGCCAGGAUGAAGACAUGGAUGUCAAAUAUUUUGCACAAGAAGCUAUAAGUGUGGUGGCACAGAGGCUGAGGAAGCUAGAUUUCCCUGUGAAGGACAGUGAAGAGCCCUGCACCUCGGGGCCUGACAAGAACCACUUUCUGAGACCUGGAAUGGCUGGAGAGGACACAGGGAAGUUUUUACCUUCGAUGUCUAGGCACAAAGAGACCGAGCGCCUUGGGUGGCUUCUGAGGAGACAGUAGAGGCAGCCCAGCCUCGGGGCACAAAUCCAGCCCAGGUCAGUCCCAGCCGGAGGCCCCCCAUGUCCCGGGACCGGUGCUGUCCGGUGGUCCUAGGACUUGUCUCUGGAGCAGUGACCUGUAUAUGAAUUUUCUGUAACCCAGUGGGGAGCUUACGUGUCACUGUGGACACAGGUUUAAUCCAGAGCAGAAAGGUUCUGAUCACGUGUGUCCGGUAACGGGCCCUGCCCCGUGGGUGCAGAACCCGCACGGGAGGCACCUUGCCCCUGCCUCCCGUGCUGCACAUCACAUCACAGGCCGCUCCCACACGCGCACUGCUGGGACUCGGCCCGUCACCGGGAGCUGCUGCUUCCCGCCAGCUUUCGGAUUCCGCCCCGUCACCUCGUCACUCUCCAGCUCAGACUUAGGGGUCCUUUCCCGGUUCUCACAGCCAGGCAGAGGGCCUCCUGAGCGUCCCUGCCUUAGGUACAGUGACCCCCCCAGUGCAGGGCAGGAGAGAGGCCACCAGGGUGCAGUUUAAACUCUUGGGAGUUCUUGAUUUCUGAGGAGGCAUUUUCUAGGAGGUACAAUCUGACCAGGGAAGCUGUGCUCUGGUCAGCUCUACCAGCCCUUCAGUCCCAGCUCCGGUCCUCCUGGUGGGCCCUCUUGCUUCCCACUCAGGGUUCUGGAGGGCUGCUGGUGUGGGGACCGUCCACCGCCCUGUUCCCAAGGUGGCAAAAGGGCAGUACUCAGGGUAAAGGUGGGGUUGGAGCAGCUCUUGGGAAGGAACGCUGUGCUAAGUGCUUUAUUUGCCUUACAGGGACCAGCAUUUCAGUUGCGUGUCAAUACUGGAGGCACAUUUGCCCGGCUGGAAACUGCAGAACUAGUGCAUUCCCCACAGCAAAGACCAACAC